GCUCAGAGAAGUAUGAAUAAUGGGGAGAAUGUCCCGGUGGAAGUAGAAGGGAUAAGUCCUCAGCUAUCGCCGGUGACCUCACUACGGUCUGAUGUCUCGAAGCAAGAUACCCUCGUUUCGACAUCGUCUGGGCCGGGAUCAGACGCCGAAAGCACACCCUUCAUCGCCCAUGACAACUCCUCCAUCCCACAUCCUCAACCCCCUUCUCGACGGCGGCACUACGGCCUCCUAUCCCUAAUCUUCCUCAACCUUUCCUGCUCCCUAGUCUUCAUCGCCCUCCCUCCCGUCGCAUCCUCCGCAAAAACCUACUUCUCACUCCCCUCCGCAACCGUGAUCAACUGGCAAUCAACACUAGGGAUGUUUGCAUACGUCCCUGCCUCAAUACUCUCCGCACACUCCGUCCGCCGCUUUGGGGUGCGGAAUGCGAUGUGUGUGGGGGCUGUGAUGAUGGCUGUUGGGGUGUGGUUACGGUAUGCUGGUGCGAGGAGCGUGGAGAUUGGGGUGGUGAUAUUGGGACAGGUUUUUGUCGGUUUUGCCCAGGCAUUCUUUCUCAACGUCCCCGCAUAUUACAGUAAUAUGUGGUACGGCCCCCACGCCCGCAUAACAACCAUAGCCCUAAUGUCCCUCUCCAACCCCCUCGGCCAAGCUCUCGGAUCCCUCAUCGCGCCAUUCGUCGCCUCCUCUCCCUCCCAAAUCCCGUUCUGGCUGUUAAUAUGCGCCCUGAUCGCGAGUGUGUCGACCAUCUCCGCACUCCUCAUCCCUGGGGACCACGCUCAUUCCUCCCCCUCCCACACCGCUCCCACCACCCUCAAGUCAAGCAUCCGUCAGUUAGGAAGAAACAGGAGGUUUUUGUGUCUCCUCGUCCAGUUUUCGGUUUACGUAGGCUUCUUCAACGCCUUCACCUUCCUCCUCGAACAACUCCUCACCCCCUCCGGCCUCUCCCCCGACGCCGCCGGUAUCGCCGGCGCAAUUACCAUCCUCUCUGGCCUCGUCGCUUCCGCCCUGUUUUCUCCCUUCAUGGAUCGUCGCACCCCCGCGCAACAGGUGCGGGCGACACAAGUACUUACAGCGAUAGUGGCGGGGAGUUAUGUCGCUUUCAUCGCGCUUUUGGCGACAACGGGGACGCGAACGCCAGUGGCGGAGGUGUACGUUAUCUGUGCCAUGUUGGGAGCGGCGUCGUUUAUUUUGCUCCCACUCUCGCUCGAAAAGGCCGUUUCACUCACUCAUCCCACCGGCGUCGGUGUCGAAAUAAGCACGACAGCGAUGUGGAUCGGGGGUGAACUCCUGGGUGGUAUCUUCAUUGUGAUCAUGGAUGCGUUCAGGAGUGAGGGAGAUGUGGGGGAUGGGGGAGGUGGGGUCUUUGGUAAGGGAGGGAUGGGGUGGGGGGUUGUGUUCAUGGGGGUAGUGAGUGGGGCGGCGGUGCCGUUUGCUUGGAUGUUAGGGGGUGAGGGGUGA